GCACCCCAAAUUUCGAUGUGCCGCCCGCGGGGCGCAGAGCGCCGGCGUUGAGGGAGGCGGCGGCCACCGCGGCCGGGAAAAUGCUGGGCAUGUACGUGCCGGACAGGUUCUCCCUGAAGUCCUCCCGGGUGCAGGACGGGAUGGGACUCUACACCGCCCGCAAAGUGAGAAAGGGUGAAAAGUUUGGACCCUUUGCUGGAGAGAAGAGAAUGCCUGAAGACUUGGAUGAAAAUAUGGAUUACAGGUUGAUGUGGGAGGUUCGUGGGAGUAAGGGAGAGGUUUUAUACAUUUUGGAUGCUACCAACCCACGGCACUCCAACUGGCUUCGCUUUGUUCACGAGGCACCAUCUCAGGAGCAGAAGAACUUGGCUGCCAUUCAAGAAGGGGAAAACAUUUUCUAUUUGGCAGUUGAAGAUAUAGAAACGGAUACAGAACUUCUGAUUGGCUAUCUGGACAGUGACAUGGAGGCCGAUGAGGAAGAACAGCAAAUUAUGACAGUCAUCAAAGAAGGAGACGUUGAAAAUUCUAAAGGUCAGUCAGCAGCUGGCAGAAAAGAUCGCCUUGGCUGUAAAGAGGACUAUGCCUGUCCUCACUGUGAGUCGAGUUUUACCAGUGACGAUAUUCUUGCUGAGCAUCUUCAGACAUUGCACCAGAAGGCCACAGAGGAGAAAGAAUUUAAGUGCAAGAACUGUGGGAAGAAAUUCCCAGUUAAGCAAGCUUUGCAAAGACAUGUUCUUCAGUGUGCAGUGAAAAGCAGUCUGAAGGAUUCUUCACGAAGUUUUCAGUGCUCUGUUUGCAAUUCUUCCUUCAGUUCAGCAUUGAGUUUUGAGCAGCAUCAGGAGACUUGCCGGGGGGAUGCCAGGUUCGUGUGUAAGGCCAACAGCUGUGGAAAGAGGCUGAAGAGCAAGGAUGCCCUGAAAAGACACCAGGAAAAUGUCCACACUGGAGAUCCUAAGAAAAAGCUCAUAUGUUCAGUAUGCAAUAAAAAGUGUUCAUCAGCAUCCAGCCUACAGGAGCAUAGAAAGAUUCAUGAGAUAUUUGAUUGCCAAGAAUGUAUGAAGAAAUUUAUUUCAGCUAAUCAGCUAAAACGUCAUAUGAUCACCCAUUCAGAAAAACGACCCUAUAAUUGUGAAAUUUGUAAUAAGUCUUUCAAGAGGCUGGAUCAAGUUGGUGCCCACAAAGUAAUCCACAGCGAAGAUAAACCUUACAAAUGCAAGCUUUGCGGAAAGGGAUUUGCCCACAGAAAUGUUUACAAGAAUCACAAGAAGACCCACUCUGAGGAGAGACCAUUCCAGUGUGAGGAGUGCAAAGCUUUGUUCCGGACCCCCUUCUCUCUGCAGAGACACCUGCUAAUCCAUAACAGUGAGAGGACUUUCAAAUGUCAUCACUGUGAUGCCACUUUUAAAAGGAAAGAUACAUUAAAUGUUCAUGUCCAAGUAGUCCAUGAAAGACACAAGAAAUACAGAUGUGAGCUCUGUAAUAAGGCAUUUGUUACACCUUCGGUGCUGAGAAGUCAUAAAAAAACACAUACAGGAGAAAAGGAGAAAGUCUGCCCAUACUGUGGUCAGAAAUUUGCUAGCAGCGGUACCCUGAGAGUUCACAUCCGGAGCCACACAGGUGAGCGUCCCUAUCAAUGCCCUUACUGUGAAAAAGGAUUCAGUAAAAAUGAUGGACUGAAGAUGCACAUUCGUACUCACACCAGGGAGAAGCCGUACAAGUGCUCAGAGUGCAGCAAAGCUUUCAGCCAGAAGCGCGGGCUGGAUGAGCACAAGAGGACGCACACUGGAGAGAAGCCCUUUCAGUGCGAUGUUUGUGACUUGGCUUUUAGCCUGAAGAAAAUGCUGAUCCGACACAAGAUGACUCAUAAUCCCAAUCGUCCACUGGCAGAAUGCCAGUUUUGCCAUAAGAAGUUUACAAGGAAUGACUACCUCAAAGUGCACAUGGACAAUAUCCACGGUGUAGCUGACAGCUAAUGGGAGCUGUAAAGGAAUUAAACCAUUCAGAAAGGCUCCUAAUAGGAAUCCCAGAUUUGUCUCACCUGAUCAGCAUAACAGAAGUAGCCAAAAGUAACUUACUGGCUUCACGGUCCUUAUUUACCUACCUUUAGACCUUGUAGAUGCAUAUCCAAAAUAAAAAAAAAAAAGAAGAUGAAGAACAGAAGUGGUUCAAAUGGAAAAAAACAAACUACUCCAUAGCCUUGCAGAAUACAAUGUGUGCUGUCUUAUAAAAAUGGAAAAAGGAAUCAAGACUCUUUCUUGGUCAUUUCUCUGUAAUGAAGUUUAUUAACAUACUCCUAGUAGGCCUUUUUA